GUACCCCGACCGGGCGCCAUUUUGGCUCGAGUGUCGCUACUAGAGUGAUCCGAGCCGACUGUCGAUGGCCAUUUCGGGUCCUAGCAGACCAGUUGCUUGGACGAUAAAGGGAGGAGCCUGGCAUUUCUGGAAGUCGGAGGGACAGCCAGUCAAAGCCAGCCAGCAUCUGAGCCAGCGUAAGAACAAGAGCAACGGCGGACGAGGGUCGGCAGUGUAAAGACACGGUAUCAUUUCAAUUAUCCCAAUCACAGGCGGUGUGAGCGAUUGAGCAGGGGUGGACAUGAACGUGACGGUCGUCCAUUUGGGUUCGGGAAGCUGAAGCAUACAGCAGCCGGACACGUUCCGUUUUUCGGUGGGAUAAACCCACCGUGGUACACUGGGUGUGCGCGGCGCACUAACGGCGCGAGCCAGCCGGUGAUUCCAUCGACAGCUAGCUAACCGUUUUCGAAAAUCCCGUUAGCCUGCGGAGAGGAGAGCAUCUCAGUCAGCGUGGGGAGUCUCUUGGAUGCUGCCCAGGGAGUUCUGUACGGGGCAAUAUCCACCAGUAAGAUACAAACCCGGGGCAUGCAAAGAGGGAGGGGGGGUCUGCAAACGAGCGAGGAAAUCUCCACGCCCUGGGGUCUGGACUGUGGUCAGUGUUUAGCUAGCUGGCUGGCUAGCCAGCCCGAGAGGAGAGCAGCUCGGGAGAAGGUGGGGCCGUGCACUGACAGCCUUACUCGACAGCUAAUGUGGCUAGCCGGCUAAAUUAGUGUCUUAAGUGGCCACAGUUUUUCCCCUCUCUGAUAUAGAGAGGAAGGUAUUCAUAGUCUGAUCCAAUAAAGACCCCAUUCAACGAGAGAAUACGUUGCCAUCGAUUACUUCAAAACCCUUGAGGGUGGGAUUUCUCGUGGAGAGCAUCCUCAAUUACCUGGAUGACCAUGGCGGACGACGACGUGCUGUUCGAGGAUGUGUACGAGUUAUGCGAGGUUAUUGGAAAGGGGCCCUUCAGCGUGGUGCGGCGCUGCAUCAACAGGGACACGGGCCAGCAGUUUGCUGUAAAGAUUGUGGAUGUUGCCAGCUUCACCUCCAGCCCCGGCCUGAGCACAGAAGAUCUGAAGCGAGAGGCCAGUAUCUGCCACAUGCUGAAACACCCCCACAUCGUGGAGCUGCUGGAGACCUACAGCUCGGAUGGCAUGCUUUACAUGGUGUUUGAGUUCAUGGAUGGAGCUGACCUGUGUUUUGAAAUUGUGAAGAGAGCUGAUGCUGGGUUUGUCUACAGCGAAGCUGUGGCAAGUCACUAUAUGAGACAGAUUUUGGAGGCACUUCGAUACUGCCACGACAACAAUGUGAUUCACCGUGAUGUAAAGCCUCACUGUGUGCUUCUGGCCUCAAAGGAGAACUCUGCCCCAGUGAAGCUGGGAGGAUUUGGAGUGGCAAUUCAGCUGGGAGAGUCUGGUUUAGUUGCUGGAGGGCGAGUGGGCACUCCUCAUUUCAUGGCCCCAGAGGUAGUCAAGAGGGAACCAUACGGGAAACCUGUGGAUGUUUGGGGUUGCGGAGUCAUCCUCUUCAUACUUCUCUCUGGCUGCCUGCCUUUCUAUGGCACCAAGGAGCGCUUGUUUGAGGCUAUUAUUAAGGGGAGGUACAAGAUGAACCCACGCCAGUGGGCCCACAUCUCAGAGAGCGCCAAGGAUCUGGUGAGGCGUAUGUUGAUGCUGGACCCCGCUGAGAGAAUCACAGUCUACGAGGCCCUGAACCACCCCUGGCUGAAGGCAGGAGCACUCGCACACGAAAGAGACAGGUACGCCUACAAGAUCCACCUGCCUGAGACAGUGGAGCAGCUGCGCAAGUUCAACGCCAGGAGGAAACUGAAGGGUGCAGUGCUGGCUGCUGUUUCCAGCCACAAGUUUAAUUCCUACUAUGGCGAUCCUCCCGAGGAGCUCCAUGAUUUCUCAGAUGACCCAACCUCCUCAGGGGCAGUGUCACAGGUUUUGGAUAGCUUGGAGGAGAUUCAUGCGUUGACAGACUGCAGUGAGAAAGACAUGGACUUCCUGCACAGCGUCUUCCAAGAUCAGCACCUCCACACCCUGUUGGAUCUUUACGACAAAAUCAACACCAGGUCGUCCCCUCAGAUUAGAAAUCCUCCAAGCGAUGGCGUCCAAAGAGCUAAGGAGGUGUUGGAAACAAUCUCCUGUUACCCUGAAAACAUGGAGGCCAAAGAGCUCAGGAGGAUCCUCACACAGCCACAUUUCAUGGCGCUACUGCAGACCCACGAUGUGGUGGCCCAUGAGGUGUACAGCGAUGAGGCGCUCAGGGUGACCCCGCCACCCACUUCACCAUACCUGAACGGAGACUCCCCAGACAGCACCAACGGAGACAUGGACCUGGAGAAUGUGACCAGGGUUCGGCUGGUCCAGUUUCAGAAGAACACAGAUGAGCCCAUGGGCAUCACUCUUAAGAUGAACGACCUGAACCACUGUAUCGUGGCCCGCAUCAUGCAUGGGGGGAUGAUUCAUCGACAAGGGACGCUGCACGUUGGAGAUGAGAUCCGAGAGAUUAAUGGCAUCAGUGUUGCUAAUCAGACGGUCGAACAGCUCCAGAAGAUGUUGAGGGAGAUGCGAGGUAGCAUUACUUUCAAGAUUGUACCCAGUUACCGGUCCCAGUCAAUGUCCUGUGAGAAAGAGUCUCCAGAUGUGUCUCGACAGUCACCUGCAAACGGUCAUGCCAGUGUCACUAGCUCCAUCCUGGACCUGCCAUCGACGAUCCAGCCCAAAGGCCGGCAGAUCUCCAGACCUGCUAUCAAGGACAAAUUGUCCAUCAAGAUUUACGUACGAGCUCAGUUUGAAUACGAUCCGGCGAAAGACGACCUCAUCCCCUGUAAGGAAGCAGGCAUCCGCUUCCGUGUAGGUGACAUCAUCCAGAUAAUCUCCAAGGAUGACCACAACUGGUGGCAGGGAAAACUGGAGAACACUAAGAACGGCACAGCGGGCCUCAUCCCCUCUCCCGAGCUGCAAGAAUGGCGGGUGGCCUGCAUAGCAAUGGAGAAGACCAAGCAGGAGCAGCAGGCCAGUUGCACCUGGUUUGGAAAGAAGAAGAAACAAUACAAAGACAAAUAUCUGGCCAAGCACAAUGCAGUGUUUGACCAACUAGAUCUGGUGACCUAUGAGGAAGUGGUCAAACUGCCCUCGUUCAAGAGGAAAACGCUGGUUUUGCUCGGUGCACAUGGAGUUGGAAGGAGACACAUCAAGAACACUCUGAUUGCCAAACAUUCUGACCGCUUUGCGUAUCCCAUUCCUCAUACGACUCGGCCUCCGAAAAAAGACGAGGAGAACGGAAAGAACUACUACUUUGUGUCCCACGACCAGAUGAUGCAGGACAUCAGCAACAACGACUACCUUGAAUACGGCAGCCAUGAGGACGCCAUGUAUGGGACCAGGCUGGAGACCAUCAGGCAGAUCCACGUACAGGGCAUGAUCUCCAUCCUGGAUGUGGAGCCACAGGCUUUGAAGAUCCUGCGAACAGCAGAGUUUGCCCCCUACGUUGUCUUCAUCGCAGCCCCCACCAUCACCCCAGGCAUAACUGAGGACGAUUCUCUUCAGCGACUCCAGAAGGAAUCGGAGAUGCUGCAGCAGACCUACGCUCACUAUUUUGACCAAACCAUCAUCAAUAACGAGAUCGACGAAACCAUUCGCCUGCUGGAGGAGGCCGUGGACCUGGUGUCCAACACCCCUCAGUGGGUUCCUGUGUCCUGGGUCUACUGACAUACAGUCAACGGCAAUGAGCUCAUCACCCUAAAGGUUCCAUCUCAGAUCCACCGCGGCAUCUAAACUCAAGUCUGUCAUUAGGAUCACAUUUCUGUACAUAAACUGUUGCUGAAAAAGAGGGAAAUGAAGAAACAAUGACUGACGCCUCAUUAAAGACUUCAUCCUGCCCUUACCCCCUUUUCUCAACGCCUUAAAGGCGUGUUGUUGUGUACAUAUAUACAUAUACAUGUAUAUAUAAAUGAUAAAAAACAAAACAAAGUGAAUAUAGUUCUGUCCUCAUAGUUGAAGGGUGGGAAGCGGAGGGGCAUUGUAGUAGAUAUUUUGUAAUUUUCUUUUGUAAUUGAUGGAUGGAUGAAAAUAUUGGAAAGGCAAUAGUGAGCAUGACCAUAAACAGACCUAUGGGGUUGCCUGUGUGUGUGUGUGUGCGUGUGCGCGCG